UGUCAGUUAUAAAACCUGCCUCGACAAAUACACGCCAGGUCUACUGCACAGACUGAGCACACCUUGCAUGCUUGGAUAAGUAAAGUACACCAGGCUGACCACACAAUCACUCUAUAAAGGGAGGUUUUGUUUUGUAGAACAGCAGCAGUGUAUAUGCAAAGAUCACAGAGUUGCUUUCUUUUUUGAUUUAGCGUUUUAGGCAUGUCUAAUCAAAGUCAAUCAUGAUCAAACAGGAUUUGAGGCCUUUGAAUUACUUUGAAAUGUGAAGAGUCUUAGCCAAGACAAAUAAACCUGCUUAUAAACUGUUUGUAAAACCCACUUUGAUCAUAUUUUUAGUCUGUUUUUUUAGCAAAUUAUGAUGUAAAAUGUCAUAAACUGUGUGUUCAAAUUGACACAAGUAAUGAAUAUGUGGUCUUAUGGAGAGAAAGAUUAGCACUGAAUCUUUUUUAUUAGAUACUGGUAGUUGCUCAUUUGUUGUUUAGGUCACUGUUUACACCUGAACGCCAAUAGCCUCACAUGCAGGCAGCGCAGGCGCCAUUAAGAAAACGCAGAAACAAGAUCUUGAAGAUAUUUUAUCCAUAAACCUAUGCAAUCUGCUCCGGGGCAAAGUAGUGGGAAGCGAAUAAGAAAGUUCCCAAGUCUGAGCAGCCAACAGGAUGAGGGAGGCACCCCAACUGCAAAUGACGCAAGAAGGCUAAACUGGACCGUCUACACGGCUGUGUGUCAAUGGUAACAGCACUCAGGACCAUGGAAACGUCCUCUACAACUUUACUGUUGUUGAUGACAUGGAGGGUAUUUUUAGCGGUUGUUGUCAUCUUGCCGUAACAGCCCGGUGUCGUUCGGUAUAAAGGACUCUGUCAAAAUGCAGCUGUACAACAGUGUGCUCACACACUAUCCGAGGUCGUCCCGCAAAGUUACGAUAACUUUAUCGACCGGAUCUGAGCGUUUGAACGGGACAACAGCGAGUCCCCCGCAGGCUGAUAAAGCAGGACUUACACAAGCAGACACAACUCCAACGACAAACGGGAAUCCAGUGAGAGAGACUGCUUCUUCCGCAAACAUGCCUGCCUUUUCAUGUUACGAAGCUUCAUCAAUGAGGCCAAUUUACUUCACGUCGACUGCUGAGAUACUAAUACGCAGACCCGAUGGAGUGGAGAGGUCACUUCCUGUCCAUAUCAUGAGGGAGUCCAAAUCCAAACCACCGUCCCCAAAUUCUCAUGAUGGUGAAAGUAUCAUCUGUAAUGACUCUGAUGUGUUAGUGGACUUGAUGGAUGGGCUGAGAAAUGAGACAGAUGAGCUUUUCCCUGACUGCCCAGAGCUGGUUGGAAACCAUGUUUUGAUCAGUAACAACAUCUGUGGACCCAGAGUAGAAGAAUAUAAAAGAGUGGUGGGAAAUUCAAGUGAAGAUGGAACAGUUGCGAUGACAAAUGCCCCCUUCAGAAGCAAUGGAUGGGCCUCAAUACAUGAAGAGGAGCCAAUCCCCUCUGGGGCAGCUCAGCUUGAAAACCUCAUAAAGGAAGAUUUUAGUGAUCUGAGCAGUGGCAACGCAGCUACACAGUCAGAUAAAAGAAGGGCCUUUGAGCUCAGUGUCCUGCAGGAGUCUCCUCCACAGAGAGGCCCAGAGAGAGCGGAUAUCAACGAUAAAGUCACACGGUACCUGGCUGAAGUAGAGAAACAAAACAAGUACCUCCAGGACAGGCACAAAUACAGGUACCACAUCAUUCCAGACGGCAACUGUCUGUACAGAGCUGUGUGCAAAGCCACGUUCGGGGACCAGGCGAGGCACGGGGAGCUGAGGGAGCAGACGGUGCACCACAUCGCUGACCACUUGGAUGAGUUCAACCCAAUCAUUGAAGGGGAUGUAGGGGAGUUCCUAAUCAACGCAGCGCAGGAUGGUGCCUGGGCCGGAUACCCCGAGCUUCUAGCCAUGAGCCAGAUGCUGAGCGUCAACAUCCACCUUACAACAGGGGGGAGCUUGGAGAGCCCCACCGUCUCCACAAUGGUGCACUAUCUCGGGGAGGAGGACGUCUCCAAACCGGCUAUCUGGUUGAGUUGGCUCAGCAAUGGUCACUAUGACGUCCUCCUGGAUAAGAGUCUCCCCAAUCCGGAGUAUGAAGACUGGUGCAGACACUCACAGAUGCAAAGGAAACGGGAUGAGGAACUGGCAAAGUCAAUGGCGGCCUCUUUAUCCAAAAUGUACAUUGAAAAAAAUGGUUGUGUGUGAAAGAAAUAACGUUGAGAAUUUAAGGAUUUCCACUCUUACAGGAGAGUGCAGAACUGUGGACUCUGCUUGGUUUCUACGUGCUUUAAAUUAUUUUUUUUACAAGAUUUAUAUCGUGAGAGAAUGGAAGUGCAGUGCACAGACAGUACUUUGGUUUUUGUACUUACCAACAUUGCCAAAUUAGUGGCAGUUGUCUCUGAAAGUGUUUGAAAAUGUGUGAGCCUGUUCUUGAUAGUUUGGGUUAUGUUGAUAUGAGUGGAAUACUUCAACGCUGUUCAUAUAUUGUACAUUUAAGUGCUUUUGAGUAUAUUUAUUUGCCUUUUAUCGGCAGAGCAGUUGAUUUUCUAUUAUGCCUAUGCCUUGUAGUCUGUCGCCAAAUAUUUUCAAAUACAGAGGAACUUGGUUUGCAGUUUUUUCGCCAUAGCUACAUUAUUUAAUAUCUGUCUAGCUACUCUCUUUUGCACAUAUCUGACAGUAAGUCCAGAGAGUUUUGAUUUAAGUCUGUUAGAACAUUUUUUUCUAUUAUUCCAGUUCUGUUUGACAAAUUGUUUCAAAUAAAGUUUUUAAGAAACCUGA